GUGAGAUCCUUGUCCUCUGACAGGAUGGAGUCUCCAGUCUCUACGCCUGCGGUGUUGCCCUUGCACCUCCUUGUCCCUGUUGUCAGCAACGACAUCUCGUCGCCUUGUGAGCAGAUCAUGGUACGCACCCGUUCGGUGGGAGUGAACACUUGUGACGUGGCCCUGGCCACUGAGCCAGAGUGCCUGGGCCCCUGCGAGCCCGGGACCAGCGUGAACCUGGAGGGCAUCGUCUGGCAAGAGACAGAGGAUGGUAUGCUGGUGGUCAAUGUCACAUGGAGGAACAAGACGUACGUGGGGACACUGCUUGACUGCACGCAGCAUGACUGGGCGCCUCCCCGGUUUUGUGACUCUCCCACUAGUGACCUGGAGAUGCGCAAUGGCCGGGGCAGGGGCAAACGCAUGCGCCCCAACAGCAACACACCCAUCAACGAGACCGCUGCCGCCUCGGACAGCAAAGGGACCAGCAACAGCAGCAAGACCCGGGCAGGAGCCAACAGCAAAGGGCGCCGAGGAAGCCAGAACUCCUCAGACCACCGCACGCCGCCCGGCAGCACAGCGGAGGAUGUGAAGGCCAGUCCCUCCUCUGUCACCAAGCGGAAGAGCAAACCCCUCUCUGAUAUGGAGCUGAACUCCAGCUCGGAGGACUCCAAGGGCAGCAAACGCAUCCGCACGAACUCGAUGGGCUCAGCAGCUGUGCCACCCGCCACAGUCAAGAUGGAGCCGGCUGUCCUCGACCGAAACUGCCCUUCUCCCAUCCUCAUCGACUGUCCCCACCCAAACUGUAACAAGAAGUACAAGCACAUCAAUGGGCUGAAGUACCACCAGGCCCACGCGCACACAGACGACGACAGCAAGCUGGAGGCGGACGUGGACAGCGAGUACGGCGAGGAGCCCUCCCUGCAUGCAGACAUUGGGAGCUGCAACGGCGCUGCUGUUUCUCAGAAGGGCUCGCUCUCGCCAGCUCGCUCGGCCACCCCCAAGGUGCGCUUGAUGGAGCCCCACAGUCCCUCCCCGUCUAGCAAGUUCAGUGCCAAGGUCCCCUGCAAGAAGAAGAUGGGUGGGGAAGGAGACACUGACCCGGGUGCCCUGUCCAAUGAUGGCUCUGAGGAUGGUCCCUUGGUGGCCGAUGAAACGAGUAAUGACGGCUUUGACUCUCUGGAGAAGCGAUGUGUUGAUAAGGACAAGUCUAAGAAGGCAUCUGGUGCUAAGCCGGAGAAGAUCCCUUCCAAAAGCUUGAAGUCCGCCAGACCCAUUGCGCCAGCCAUUCCUCCGCAGCCGAUUUACACCUUUCAGACAGCCACCCUCACCACAGCCAGCCCCGGUUCGUCCACGGGCCUUGCCACCACUGUGGUCCAGACCAUGCCCAACAGCCCUCAGCUCAAACCCAUCCAGCCCAAGCCUACGGUGAUGGGAGAGCCAUUCACAGCCAACCCUGCCCUCACCACCCCUUCCAAGGAGAAGAAGAAGAAGGACAAGAAGAAGAAGGAGCCCAAGGAGGUAGAAAACCCUCUGACUCCUGGCAAAGCCUGCAGAGUGGAGGAAGGCAAGAGCCCUUUCCGGGGGGAACCCAGCGACCUGGGGACAAAAGGCGAGGGGCUCCUGAACGGCUCAUCGGACCCCCACCAGAGCCGGCUUGCCAGCAUCAAGGCCGAGGCAGAUAAAAUCUAUAGCUUCACCGACAAUGCCCCGAGCCCCUCAAUUGGUGGUGCCAGCAGGCUGGAGAACACCAGCUCAGCCCAACCCAUGACCCCUCUGCACGUCGUCACCCAGAAUGGGGCAGAGGCUAGCUCGGUCAAGACCAACAGCCCGGCCUACUCAGACAUCUCUGAUGCUGGGGAGGAUGGGGAGGGCAAGCUGGAGAGCGUGAAGGCAAAGGACCCAGAGCAGCUGGUCAAGGAAGGCGCCAAAAAAGCUCUUUUCCCCCCGCAACCGCAAAGCAAAGAGUCUCCCUAUUACCAAGGCUUUGAAACCUACUAUUCCCCCGGCUACCCCCAGGCAAGCCCGGGGCCCUUGAACCCUGGCAGCCAGGCUGUGGCUGAGACACAGGCCUUGAAGCUAAAGAAGGAUGAGGAGCAGGAGAACCCAGAGGUGAAAGUGAAGAGUGAAGGCUGUGAAGAGAAGAAGGCAGAGCUUGGCGGCUCCAGCCAGCAGCCCUCAGUCAUCCAGCAGCGUCCCAACAUGUACAUGCAGUCCCUCUACUACAACCAGUAUGCCUACGUGCCCCCCUAUGGCUACAAUGAGCAGGGCUACCACACUCACCUGCUGAGCACCAACCCUGCCUACCGCCAGCAGUAUGAGGAGCAGCAGAAGCAGCGGCAGAGUCUGGAGCAGCAGCAGCAGCGAGGGCUGGAGAAGAAAGCGGAGCUGGGCUUGAAGGAGAGGGAGGCAGCGCUCAAAGAGGAGUGGAAGCAAAAACCACCCAUGCCCCCGACGCUCACCAAGGCACCAAGCCUCACAGACCUCGUCAAGUCGGGGCUGAGCAAGGCCAAGGAGCAGGGAGGUCCUGACAUGGCCAAAUCCGUCAUCAUCCCCAAGCUGGAGGACUCAUCCAAGCUGUCCAGCAGCCAGGUCACCGAGGGGCUCAAGGUGAAAUUGAGCGAGGCCAGCCACCUCGGGAAGGAGACCACCGAGACGAAGGCUGGCUCCGAGUGUGGUCGGCAAGCAGAGGUGGACCCUGUGCUCUGGUACAGACAGGAAGCUGAGCCCCGGAUGUGGACUUACGUGUACCCAGCGAAGUACUCGGACAUCAAGACAGAGGAUGAGCGGUGGAAAGAGGAGAGGGACCGAAAGUUGAAGGAAGAAAGAAAUCGAAGCAAAGAAGCCGUGUCCAAGGAGGACGGGAAGGAGAGCACCAGCUCUGAGUGCAAACUGACCCCCACCGAGGAGGCUCGCAUGGUGGGGAAGGACCCCAGACCCAGCGUCCACGUCCCUGUGUCUUCACCCCUCACGCAGCAUCAGUCCUACAUUCCCUACAUGCAUGGCUAUUCCUACAGCCAGUCGUACGACCCCAACCACCCCAGCUACCGGGCCAUGCCCACCGUCAUGAUGCAGAAUUACCCAGGAUCAUACCUACCCUCCAGCUAUUCCUUCUCCCCGUACGGGAGCAAGGCGUCCAGCAGUGAUGACAGCGACAAGUCCCGAGCCAGCCCCAAUGUGAGUUGCAAAUCCAGCUCGGAGUCCAAGGCCCUGGACAUCCUGCAGCAGCACGCCAGCCACUACAAGAGCAAAUCCCCUACGAUAAGUGAGAAGACGUCUCAGGAGCGGGACCGCAGUGGCUGCGGGGUGGUGGGAGGCAACGGGAGCUGUAGCAGUGUUGGAGGAGCUGGUGGGGGAGAAAGGAGUGCCGACCGGCCCCGCACCUCGCCAUCUCAGCGCCUACUCUCAACGCAUCAUCACCACCACCACCUCGGGUAUUCGCUGCUGCCAGCACAGUACAACCUGCCCUAUGCAACAGGUCUCUCCUCCACAGCCAUCGUUGCCAGCCAGCAAGGCUCUGCUCCCUCCCUAUAUCCACCUCCCCGGAGGUGA